AUGAUUACGGACCAAAUUGGUACGAUUAUCCUAGGCAUAGCUCUGCUUUUAUCCUUACGAGAUAUCUACGGACAUUCCAAAGAUGAAUAUGACGACGAUGAGGUAUUUAAAAAGGAAUUCGAUGAUGAGAAAAUUGGUGAAAAGUUGGAAGAUGCCGACCACAUUCGAGUUAGGCAAGGAUCAGCUCAGUUUACUCCACCGCCACAUACUACUAAGAAACUUCCUAGCAUGAAAUUUUUAUUUUGUGUUUCAUGUGGUUAUCGGCAAGCAUUUGAUGAAUUCUCUCGCUAUAUACAUGAGAAGUAUCCUUCAAUGAGAAUUGAUGGUGCAAAUUACUCACCUAAAGCAUGGAAAAAUGUUUUGGCACAGAUUAUUGGAUUGGGGAAGAUAGUGCUCAUUGUAUUGAUUGUAAUGGGGCAAGAUCCAUUCGCAUCGAUCGGACAGCCGACACCGCGCAUUUUCUCGUGGGCUCUGAGCAAUAAAGUAUCAUCAUGCAUGAUGUUGUUUCUUCUUUCUAACACUAUUGAAAGCUCUCUUAUGUCAACAGGAGCGUUCGAGAUUUAUUUGGGCGAUGAACAGAUAUGGUCAAAGCUUGAAAGUGGACGAGUGCCAUCACCAUCAGAGCUGGUUCAGAUUGUCGACCAACAAAUGGAACUGCAGGGUGCAAAAGUUUCCGAUACAUUUGCAUUUGACUCAUCCUGA